GCAGAUGGAAAUUGAAGUUUGACACGGAGCAGGUGCAUUUAUCAUUGUCCGAUAGACAACAGCGCCGCCGUCAACUCCUUGAAUAUCUCCCAACCGUAUUUGGAAGCCCGAGAAGCAAGCAAGAAAGGGAAGUCGAUGAUGGAAGCUAAUAAGCACAAGAAACGUCUCGUACCGAGACUCGAUCGCCGAAACGCCGUCAAGAACAUCGAAUACGAACCCUCCUCCUCUUCCUCUUCCUCUUCCUUGGACCACCUGUCGCCCAAGCUCAGGACUCGCUCGCUUGAGCUCGACAGCAAAACCAGCUUUAGAGUUAAUGGAAUCGACGGCGAGUUCGACUUAAUCUGCCGAAGCUUGGGGUUUUCGGGCCCCGAGGAUUUUGCUAUCCCCACCUCGGUUUGGGAGGCCAUGAAGGAGCGGUCUUCUUCUGAUAUCGGCUUUCGAUUGCAGGAUAAGGUUGACGAUUUCGUUGAACCGGAUGGUUUAUCGGAUGAAUUCAAAGCUCGACUAGUGGUUGGUGGAAAUUUCGAGACAGAAAUUGAGGAUUCUGAGUUGAGGAAUCCUUCAAAUUUAGCUAAUUUUGUUGUUAAUCGAGCGCUUGCAAAGUUAAAAAGUGAUUCCAAGUUAGCUAAAUUGGAGAGUAGAGUUGGAAAUGGUGGUGACGCUGGGCCAUCUGAGUUGGUUGGUAUGUUGAAUUCGGCCACCGUCGGUACUUCCGUGGCUGGUGGAGGAAGGAUUAGGGGUGUAAGGCCGCGAGCUUUGGCGCCGCCACCGGUGAAGUUGCCGCCGGUGAUAGAUACUGUAAGCUCAACCUGGGAUAUUAUGAGGUCUUUUGCUCCCGAUGUUGAUGAUAACUUGAAUUCACCAGCGCCAGCUGGGGAUGCUAGCUCUUCGGAUGAAGAGGAAAAGGAAGUUGAGAAGAAUGAGGCAGGUGAUGAUAUAAUUGUCGAAGCUGUAAAAGAGGAGUUGAAUGGGGUUAGGAUAAAAGAGGAUGAUGUUCUCUCCGAACCUUGUGCUACUUCGAAUGAUGGUGGUGGCGAUGUCCCCAGUGAGAUUAUGGAGCCCGGGUAUAUCAUUUCUCCUGAUGGGAAAUUAAGACGGAGUAUCUCAUCAUGGCAAAAGGGAGAGCUUUUGGGGAGUGGAUCUUUUGGAACAGUUUUUGAAGGUUACACUGAUUAUGGAUUCUUUUUUGCUGUAAAGGAGGUUUCGUUGCUGGAUGAAGGAAGCCAGGGCAGGCAGAGUAUUUUACAACUUCAGCAGGAGAUCUCUCUUUUAAAGCAGUUCAAACAUGAGAAUAUAGUUCGAUAUCUUGGCACAGACAAGGAUGAGACUAAGCUGUAUAUCUUCCUUGAGCUAAUCACAAAGGGCUCACUUGCGAAACUCUAUCAUAAAUACCACCUAAAGGACUCCCAAGUCUCUGUAUACACAAAGCAGAUUUUAAAUGGUUUGAAAUAUCUUCAUGAGCGGAACGUAGUGCACAGGGAUAUCAAAUGUGCCAAUAUUUUGGUACAUGCAAAUGGAUCUGUUAAACUUGCUGAUUUUGGAUUGGCAAAGGCAACAAAACUAAACGAUGUUAAAUCUUCCAAAGGGACUGCUUUGUGGAUGGCCCCAGAGGUCGUUAAUUUAAAGAACCAUGGCUAUGGACUUGCUGCUGAUAUAUGGAGUCUUGGAUGUACUGUGCUAGAGAUGUUAACUGGUCAACCUCCUUACUCUCACUUGGAAGGUAUGCAAGCUUUAUUUAGAAUUGGCAGGGGUAUACUUCCUCCAGUUCCCACUUCCUUAUCAGGAGAUGCUCAAGAUUUUAUUUUCAAAUGCUUACAAGUAGACCCAAAUGAUCGACCUACUGCUGCUCAGCUGUUGGACCAUCCAUUUGUCAAUAGGCUAUUUCAAACUCCAUCUGGUGCUGCUUCCCCUCAUUCUAAUGGCUUACAUGAAGACUUUUGAUCAACCGAGAUCUGUUAUAGGAUGAAAGUCUGCAUAUUCUGCGUCAUUGAUCUUCUGUGAAAUUUUUUUUUUGUGCGCAUAUUAUGGAUUGCAUGGAUGAUAUAAAGGCACAAUGUCGCCAACCGUGCUAGAUUUUGGAAAAAGAUUGCCAAGGGCAUUGCUGCUGUUAAUGCAAACGCCAAGUAGGCAUUACAUAGCAAACUCACACCUCCAGAUGAUUCUUUGCGUUGGAGCUAAACAGUACGGGCUCUGUGGAAGCAUUGUGACCCAUGAAUAGUUUCAUGCAAAUAUUGUUUGUUUGUGCAGUUUGCUUGCUUUAUCUACCAUUUUGUGAAGCAGAGAGAGCCCAGAGGUUUGUCAAUCCGUUAAAGUGGAAAGGGAACCUGAGGUCACAUGACUGGGCAAACCACCCAAAUGAAUCUCUUGCUGCCCGCCCACAAUGUCUUGGCAGAUGCAUCUGGGCUCGAAGAUUGGGGAGACUCAUUAGCUGAAGGGGAAAUGAAACCCUAAUUUCUUCGGCUGAGGAGUAAGAGAGGGUAGGGAGAUUGGAGGUUUUAGCUUUUAGUUUUUACCUUCCCCCAAUGGGUAGGUGGGGGAGCGCAUUGGUUAUGUACAUUAAUUAAUUUGUGUGCAUAUGUAUGUAUAUGUAUAUAUGUGCGUCUUAUAUGAGAAUAUGAGAAGAAAUACACUCAGAGAAUGUGUAAACUGACUUAUUCCUCGAGUGCAAAGAGUUCACAAGCACGCUUCUGAAUUUCUUC